AUAUGUAUCAAAUAUAUUGAGAAAUAAAUUGUAGAUCUGAAAAUUUCUGAUAUGGAUGAGUGGAUGGAAAGUUCAGAGGAUGACUCUUCUGAUAAUGAAGAAGAAAAAGAUGAAGAGGAAAAGCAUGAUAAAAAAAAUAAAAAAAAUACUCAAGAAAAGAAAAAGAAACGGGAUACUGAUGGGGAAGCUUUCGAAGAAUCUGAUGAUGGAGAUGAAGAAGGCAGAGAAGUUGAUUAUAUAAGUGACAGCAGUGAAAGCGAGCCGGAGGUGUUAACAGAACAAGGCGUUGCAGAAGAGAAAGCUUUAAGAAAAUUACUCAAUUCUGAUGAAGAAGAUUCUGAAGAAGAAGAAAAUAAAUCAGAGAAAGAUCAGAGUCCAGAAGAAGAAGACUCUAAAGAUAAAGAGACUGAAAAAGACGAAACUGUUAAGGAUAAAGAAAAGAAGAAAAAAAAGAAAAAACAGAAGAGUAAAGAGAUUAAGAAAGAUACCAAAAAACCCGAUGACAACAGUGAUUUUAGUUCUGAUAGUAGUACUGAUGAAGACAUUAAAAAGCCAAAAGUUGAAAAAAAACUGAAAAAAGAAGAAAAAGAGCCAAAUAGUGCAGGAAGUUCAAGAGCUGGAACGCCCACCACAGAUAAUAAAAGGAAAGUUACUAGUGAUGGAGGAAGUACUAUGUCUCCUAAAAGACCUAAACUAGAAAACCCAAUUUCUAACUACAUACCAGGUUCAAGGUGAGUAUUUAAAUUAAAAUGACCUAACUCAAUGUAAUUACAUACAAUUCAUUCUUUUACAAACAAAAUUUCUAUGAUAUCCAAGUGCAGGCAGUGUAUCGCCAUUUAGUUGGUAUAUGCUGUUGCUGAAGUAUUUCAUGUGUUAGACAAGGCCUUACUAAGAUAUCAACCUGUUUAACUUAAUCGACGAUGCAGCUUAUACCUAUAUGUGAUCGGCACAAAACGUUCGUUACUCUCAUGAGGUAUUCUUCAAUAAACUAAACGUUCGCAUCUUCCCUUUCAUAUUUGUUAAUUCCGUGAAUUUAAAUGCACUACGUUCAACGAUUUCCAUCACUUUUAAAAGUUACACAAUUCUUUAAAUAAAUAAGAACAUUACAUUAAUGAGUAAAUUAUUAAAAUCAUGUAUUAAAAAGUGAA